AUGCUGAGAUCACUGCCAAGAGAUCUCUUCUGUGACACUAGAGAGUUGAAGCUACUGCUGGUACAGAAGAACCUCAAGUUGAGAUCAUUGGAUCGUGAUGUCUUCAGAGAUGGUAGCAGGCUUGAGGAUGUUAUUCUGGACCACAACAACAUCAGUUCAGUGGAACGAGAUGUGUUCACUCACCUGACAAAUGUCAAGAGGCUGAACCUAGCCUACAAUAAAAUCAGGAUCCUGCCUGAGGGUAUCUUUAGAGAUAACCGAGAACUACAGGAGCUGAGGCUGUCGGGGAACCCAGUGCACAUAAAUGCACGUGUUGCCAGUGAACUUAUUUCAGAAUUGCAUGAGUCUGCUGAGAAACAACGUCAAACUGCGAGUGCUUCUGAUGCACAAGUGCAACCUACAGAACCUCCCGACUGGCCUUCUAGGAAAUGCAUCGAAUCUGGAAUGGCUGGACCUGUCACACAACAAGAUCUCCAAAUUCCUGCAGAGUUCAUUCAGAACUGUACAAAGCUGGCCUGCUUAGGACUCGCCUACAAUGAGCUCAAGGUCCUCAGCUCAGACCUGGUGUUCCUGCAUGGUGGAUCUCUUGCUACUUUGACACUGGAAGGCAACCCUUGGCACUGUGACUGUGACAUUCUGCCCCUGGCCAGCUGGGCCAGUUUGCGGAAAGACGCAGUGCCAGAGUGGCCUAACUGCAGCUCUCCACACGGAGUCAAGAAAGAGCCCCUACAGCACUGGUUCCACAGCAAAAAUGAGACAAAGUGUGGUGAUGCCACCUUGCUGCUGCGUGCAGACCUGAACCGAGUGCUGUCCGUGGCUCGUGCCAUCGCAGAGCGAGGACCGAACUUCUCUACAGACUUGCUUCCUGUCUCUGAUAAAGAAAUCAGCUUCACUGCCACAAAUUACUUUUUGUAUGCCAUAGCAGCAAUGACUGAUGCUGACAUUGACGGCGUGGUGUGGCACUGGGCACGGUUCCUGGAGAAGGUUCUGAAUAGGCGGCACCUCCACUACACUGAGGCAGUUGCCGAGAAGAGCCUCAACCGGACCAGGAUUGAGCCACUCACAACUACCACCACAAAGCCACCAGCAGCCAGAGCUGUCAAGCAACGACUUAGGCUGAAGGGCUUUCAACCACUCAUGAAUUUCACUUAUGAAGAAUGUCACAGUCACAGUGCCAAGGGUUGCCUUCCAGUGUCAAACUGUAACAGGUGA